CUUGAGCCCUCGUGGAAAACAUGUGUCAGAUGUAUGACCUUUUGAACUGAAAUAUCCUGCGUCAGCCUCCCCCAUGCAGCUGAAAUCUAGGACAAAGCAGCCCUGAAAGACCACAUCCUGUCAGCUGCCAAGGUUUUGUAAGGGUGUGAAUGUGCACCCAGAGUCACUCCACCCAGAGAACAACACAGCACCAGCAUCAUGAAGGACCUGUAUCAGUCGGCUACUUUGCUCAUCUGCCUUCUAACUAUCCUGAAGGCCCCAGCACUAGCGAUGAAAGUUUCUCAGCCCAGAGAACUCAUUGUUGACAAGCACAACGUCACCCUUCAGUGCAAUUACGACAUCACAGGAGACAAGAAAGCCGAGUUAAUCCGGGUCACCAUUUACAAAGAAAAGCAGGAGAAAGGAAAUGAAGUCUGCGAUGGCUAUUUUAACAAGACCAUGCAGCCCUUCGAGUGGAGAGGUGCUGCACACUGUGAGGUUCAGCCGAAUGAAGGCAGUAUAUUGAUAAAAUUCAUUGGCAUGAACAGGUCUGACAAUGGCUGGUACUUCUGCCAAGUGGAGAAAAUGCAUCCAUUUCCCUACACAAGGGACGUCGGGAACGGGACCUGGAUUUUCAUCAAGCCAGACGUGAUUGAACCAAAUCCGAAGCGGUGUCCUCAACUCACUCCAGCCGCUCUGAUCUUCCUGGGGCUCACGAUACUCCUCCUGCUAUACAGUGUCGUCAUCAGCUACCUGCACUGGCCUCUUGGCGCCACUGCGUGCAUUCUCGGGAUGAAGGAGGCGGUUGACAUGAAAUGUGAACUGAUUCACAAUUUUGACGAACCCGCUACUGCUACGUGGAAUGGCCAGCGCUGGGAGACAGGCCCAAGGCAAGGCAAAUAACGAGAAAAGACCAAGAGGAUCAGAACAGUGAAUAUGUAAAUAUGGAACCUCCCAUUCACACCUCUGGUAGAAAACGAAAAUUGCAGUCAAUCGCACAUAAGCCAAAUGUCAUGUGAAGCACCAACCAGGAAUGUUUCUGAGACUUCUCCUGAAGAGACCUGAGCAGCGUCCCUGAUGAAACACUUCCUUCUGCUUCCUCCCUGUCUCUCACCAUGAUAACAAAACUAAGGGAAAACAAACACUGCUAGUUUAACUCUCUCAGCGCCUGCUAAAAAGUUGGUUGGAAUCGAGCAAGGAGACCAAGGCGCAGCGUAAUCCCAGCUAAGGCUCCAUCACACUUGAGGAGGGAGAAUGGGCACAAGCUGUCAGAGGCUAGGCUCACACCAGACCCUCCCACAUCCUGCACUCUAACAAACUCCUGCCUGUUUUCUCUGGAGCAGCAGAGGCUGAGGGGAAUUUUCUUGGUACAAGUGUCUGUACACGUUGGCGUGGUAGCCACGUUGCAAGAAGAUGAUUAUCUGACUUUAUUCUGCUUCUUUCCACGUCCCCUUUUUGUGUCCUUUCCUCCACGUGUCAUUCCAGCAUCUGGCAGUGACCUGGUGGGAGGAGGAUUUCUCCACCCAGUUCCUGCACAGGGUGAGAAAGAGAUUGUUUUUGCCUUCUUCCAUCUCUCCUUCCUCCCCUUUCUCGCACAUCCUGAAAUCAGAGGAGUCCCCGCUGUUUCUGUAAAACCCCUCCAUGCCAUUGAACCAAUCUAUGCUACAGCCACACCAAGCCCAAUGCACGCCUCUUUAGGAACUGUGUCUGGGGCUGAGAGUGCGCAGAGUUUUAUGGACGAGCACUAUCAAAGGCAGGAAGAAGUUGUUUGAGGGUGCCGUACCAUUUGUUGAAGUUGAAGCUAAUAUUCUGCCUCAAUACCUUCCCUCGGUUCCCGAGGUGAAUCCCCCCUCCCCCCUUUGCGUUUCAGCCCUUCAGCUCAAGAGCAAUAAUGCUGCAUUGGAUUCUGUAUCUGUUUUACGGUACUUCACAAACUGCGUACUUGACAUUUCCAAGGCCUUUCCUCCUAAAAUUGUUCACCAUUUAAAGGAUACUGUAAUGCGGCACAAUGAAUACUCAGAAACACCAACGUCAAAAUCCUUUUGGUUCAGCUGUAACCACACACCAAUUUGAAUGGCCCAUUUCCUACUGAGGUUCAACCGACUUGAGAUCCUGAUGAAGGAUAAUCAACCACAGGACACUUGCUUCCUGCAGAAAUGAACCGUAUAGAAGCCAAUGCUUUUAAGAGAUACAGUUAAAAUAGAAAGAAACAACUGAAAUACAUUCCCAUGAAGACAAUUGGAUCAUAGAACUGCACAGGAGCGAGUCCUUAUGCCCACAAUGCUAUCUGACCUAAUUAAACAAGCACUUACAUCCCUUCUGCCAACACAACGUCCAUAUCCUGCCGUUCCAAGCACUUUCAUGUGCUUCUCUAUGAACUUCUGUCACAUUUGCCUCCACCACCAACCCGAACAGCACAUUCCAGGCAUGAACCGCUCACGGUGUAAACAAAACAGUGCCCCACAUAUGUCCUUUCAGCUUACCCCCUCUCACCUUAAGUGCAUGCUUUCCAUUAUUAGCUGUUUCGACUGUGAGAGAAGGUUACCGUCUAUGCCUUCCCUAAUCUUACAAAACUUCUACUGGGUCACCCCUCAGCCUCUACUGCUCCAGAGAAAACAACCCUCGUUUGUCCCGUCUCUCCUUACCGCACAUGCACUCUAAUCCAGGCGCCACCUUCAUAAACCUUUUGUGGUAUAUUAAAACAUGGCUGCUGCCCUACUGGUGAAGCCCUGGAGAUCUGGAGGGCAAAUCAUUAGGUGUAUUUAAUGUGAACGUGGCUAACUAUUUGUAAGACUGAGGAUCUGAGGGUUCUGGGUUUCUGGUACAUCAAAGGAACUGAGGCCAGCACAGAUCAGCCACGAUCAUGUUGAAUGGUGGAGCCUGCUUAACGGGCCUGGUGGUCCACUCCCACUCCUGUUUAUAGGAUGGUACACCCAGAUAUAGAGUCUGGUACAAGAAAAUAAAAGCAAAUGCUAGAUAUGUAGAUACUGAAAACCUUACAUAUGGACAGACAAUGCUGGAAACAGCUGGACAGGCAGCGUCUGUGGAGAGAGAAGCAGUGUUUUUAAGCUAAUAAGCUCUCAUCAGAUUGCAAUCAGGAGGAGAUUGUGUUCUGCUUGUCUUCAGAUUAAAACUGUGUUAAUGUUUCCAUCAUUUGUGUGAUAUCUUGCAUGCACAUGGAAUGAGUGCUUUAGCAUGCAGGGCUUUCUAUAAUCUAUAAUAGCAUGUGUCUAUAAUCAUGUCAGUGAAUUCAGACUCCCCUUUAGAUUUCCCUAGUUCUGUGACCUUUAGACAAUGUGCGUGUGUAUAUAGCUACAAGUAUCAUAACAAAACCUGAGAAGUUUUUUUAAUCCUUCAAAACUAUAUAAAGUAUUAGCUUUCUGUAAAUACCGGAAUGAUUGUGCAGUAUAUUUGUUUGGAAAUGGUCCUCUUGUUGUGACAUUUUUAAUGAGCAGGAUACUGAUGCUCACCGAAAAGUGAUAGUCACCACCCCUGAGGUAUACAUUACCAGGUGAGUGACACGCCUGCCUAGCACAAAAGAGGCUGUGCAGAGGGAAUUUCUCUGAUAAUCUGGCAUCGUGAACACAUCCUUACCCAGAGAGUGCAAGAGAUUCCACUACAACGUCCUCAAAAUGGACAGAGAAGGAAAGUCAUGAAGACCAACUCCAAGACUACGGGGCCUUCAAAGGCACAUGAACCUAAUCCAACAAGGGCUUUGUCCACCACUAUUUUUGGAUGCGUCUAAAUUAUAUGCUCUUUCCUACAGCCAAUUUGUCAUUGGUGUCAUUGCACGUUAAUUGCAAAUUUUAGACAUGAUGUUCUACAUGUUCUGAUCAUCAGGACUGUAAAUCUGCAUUGAUUAUCCC